AUGUCACGGACACUGAACGGAAUCGUAGCCGCAUGUCCAGACCUGGGCAUCGGCAAGAGCGGUGACCUGCCCUGGCCCCGGCUCAAUAAUGAGUUUAAACACUUCCGGAAAAUGACAUCCACUCCGUCUGAAGAAGGGAAGCAGAAUGUGGUGCUGAUGGGCAGAAAGACUUGGUUUUCGAUCCCAGAGAAAAACCGUCCUCUGGCCAACCGGAUCAACAUAGUCCUGAGCCGCGAACUCAAAGCGCCCCCUGCUGGAGCACAUCACGUGGCCUCAGACUUCAGCGCGGCCCUGAAACUUAUUGAGAACGACCUGGCGGACAGCGCAGACCAGAUCUGGGUCAUUGGAGGCUCCUCCCUUUACAAGGAGAUGAUGGAGAGUCCGCGACCAAAGCGUUUGUUCAUCACCAGGAUCCUGAAACAGUUUGAGUGCGACACGUUUCUCCCUGAGAUCAGUCUGGACAAAUACAAGCUGCUUCCACAAUUUCCCGGAGUCUCGUCAGAUCUGCAGGAGGAGAACGGAGUCCAGUACAAAUACCAGAUGGACAAGUGUUUGCUGCAGGACGGACUGCCGGACUGGAACCCUCUGCUCCGCGCCGUGUCCCUGCUACGGUUGCGUCUGACCCGUCUGCUGCUAGAGGGCGGGGCUUAUGUGAAUGAGAGCGACCGUUUAGGCCACACCCCCCUAAUGGUGGCUCUCCGGACCGCCCACAGAGACCCCCAGAGCACCCCCCGUCACAGGAUGGUCCGAUAUCUCCUGGAAUGCGGCGCUGACCCGAACAUCCAGGACAAAUCGGGGAAGACAGCCCUGAUCCAUGCAGUGCUGGAGGCUGUGGAGCUGCAGACCCUGGCGUUGCUCGUGGGCGGUGGUGCGGACCCCUCACUCCCUGACCACCUCGGCUCCUCUGCACUUGUUUACGCCGUCAGUUCUGGUAACCGUGACACGCUGCGCCUCCUGGUGGACGCUUGCAGAGAGCGAGGCAAAGAGGUCAUCAUCAUCACCACCACAAACUCCCCCACGGGCCAGCAGUGUAAACAGUUUGUGAGCAGCCCUAAACUGGAUCAGUCGCACUUCUGUUCUUCUGAGAAUGAGUGCCGCUCUCCAUCACAGGGGGCGUCAGCGAGCACAACUCCUCGGCCUGGGAGCCCUCUGCUGGAUGCGCAUGGUACUACAGCACAGACAGAUUUGGGAUCGACGUCGAACUCUGAGGACACAAAGCGGCGGCCAUUUUGUCGGCGCCACAGCAUCGACGUGAGAGACUGCAGCGGCCCUCUGAGCUCGCUCCAGUCUUCUGGCCACAGGAAGAGGAUUUUAGGGAGGAAGAUGUCGUACGAUAGCGCCACCACCUCCGCACACUCCGCCUCGCACCCCAAUUUACACCAAGAAACAGACACGCUCAAACCGGAUGAGGGCGGCGUUAUCUCCACCCUGAAGAACGUGAUCUGUCUGCGCCGUUUUGAACACUACAACUCUGACUCUCAGCUGCCGCAGUUCGAGAGCGCAAAGACUUCUGGUGCGAUCGGAAAGGAGCGACGGAAACCCGUAAACGCGUGUUCUCAGGAGCCUGGAGCAAAUAGAGCGCUUUUCGAACGCAGAGGGUCCGGCGCCUUGCUGUUGGACCACAUCACGCACACACGGCCGGGGUUUUUGCCGCCGCUGAACCCGCGCGCUCCCAUCCCGCACAUCGGAGUGAGCUCUGGGAGCGGCUUAUUCGAUAACCAGCCUCCCGGCGUGAGCUCGUUCCCCUUGAGCUACAGCAGACGCAGCAGCCUCACCUCCACCAAAUCGCUUCUGCCGUUUGCGUCGCCGUUCCCCAAAGAUUUGAACGUGGAGAAGACUCUGCACCGGCGCCACUCCAUGCAAAGCGACCAGAUAAAGGAGCUCUCCAACUACGACCAACCAAUUGGACGCUGA